UUUACGUGUUCUCUCUUUGGUGAUUCGAAAGCUCAGACUGUGAAUGACGCGCGUUAUAACUUAUUCACACAAGGAAAAUUUGGUGAAGAUUGUUUGCUUCCCAGUAAAGAUGCCCUUGCUUUGCAUAUCGACCGCUGUAACUACGUCUCAUUCAUCUGGCGCCGUUGUCUGAAUAAAGAGAUCGGAGCUCCUGACUUUAGGAAUCAUGGUUGGGAAGUGGACGAAAGUGGCAAAGUUAGCGUGAAAUGGUUAUCUGGUCUACCCGCGAUGGACAACAUUCUGGAAUCCUCCAGCUGCAAGUGCAAAACCGGUUGUAAGACUAAACGAUGUGGUUGCAAGAAAGAAGACAUGGAAUGCACAGUGCUGUGCUUCUGCUUUGAUUGCCAAAAUCAGAAAUAG